CUGCGAACCAUAACAAUGUUUCCCUCUCUCACUUCUCACCGUAUCCUCUGCCUCUUCAUUGGGAUCGUGAUCCUCUGCGGUCACGCCCACGCUCGCACCAUCACGCGCGAUCUCGUUUCUGAUGGUGGCGAGGGGAACAAAUGGGAGAACCUGUUUCUGCGGCUUCCAACGGAGUCAUCUUGCGAGCAGACCUACGGGUUCUUACCGUGCACCACCACUGUGAUCGGAAACUUGUUCCUCAUCGUCGUCUAUGGCUUCCUCAUGUACAAGGCCGCUACAUUCUUGUCCAAUGGCAGUGAACUUUUGCUCGAGAUCUUGGGUCCUGGCAUCGUUGGUGGCUUGUUCCUUCCCAUCCUCGGUGCACUGCCCGACGCUAUGCUCAUUCUCGUUACAGGUUUUUUUGAUAACGAGUUGUUAUGAGUCGCUGCGGAUUGGAAUUUUGAAUUUCAGCUUUAUAGGUGAAGCGGGUGAUGUAAUUGUGGAGUGUAUUGUUGUUUAUUGAAGUGAUUCGCGAGGUGUCACGAUCUCGAAUCUGCCUGUUUGAUGAAGAAUCGGUGUUUUGAACCUUUUUAACUGUGUUUUCAUUCUAUUGGAUUCUUUGCAGCUCUUGUUUCCGUUCCUAUGUUCUUUUCCUUUGCUUUGUGGUGUUUGAUGUUGAGUUUUCUCCCUCUUUGCUUUUUUGCUUUACUUUUUCUUCUGCUUUUGGGGAUCCACUUUCAGUGUGAACCCCACAGGAUGGAGUGCCCUCGUGUACGGCUUCUGACUUUGCUGUUGCUGAUGCAUUCCUUUCCCCAUUCGCAACAGAAUUUAAUUUUCUUUUUGUCCUGUGGUGACUAGUGGAAUAGAGAAAGGUGGUUUUUGAGCCUGGGAUGGCCCAUGAAAGUGAAGAUGCAUGUUCAAGUAUUGAAAAAUCCAUCUUGGUAUCUGGACUUUCAGGUAGUAAAGAAACUGCUCAAAGUCAAGUAUCUGUUGGAAUGGGACUGCUAGCUGGUUCAACAGUGCUGCUUCUGACUAUAAUAUGGGGGACCUGUGUAAUAGUUGGCAAGUGUGACAUUGAGGAUUCAAUUGCAAUAGAUUCACGAGACACUAGAGGAUUUAGUUUAACUGGUUCUGGUGUUAGUACUGAUAUUUGGACAAGUUAUGCUGCAAGGAUUAUGGCUAUAUCUGUCCUUCCAUUUGUGAUUGUUCAAUUUCCACAAAUUCUCAAUUCAAAUUCGGGAAGGCAUUUGGCUGUUUUGAUUGCUCUCAUUGUCUCUCUCUGUUUAUUGGUUGCUUAUUGCCUUUACCAGAUUUUCCAGCCGUGGAUACAAAGGAGAAAACUUGAAUAUAUUAAACACAAACAUGUUAUUUUAGGACUUUUGAGACAUUUGAAGAAGCGUGCGUUGGGAAGGUUGCUGAGAGAAGAUGGUGAACCUGAUGAAGACGUCAUUAGAAAGUUGUUUUCAACAAUUGAUGAAAAUAAUGAUGGCAAUCUUACUCGUAAUGAAUUGAGAGCACUGGUUAUUGGAAUUCAAUUUGAGGAGAUUGACCUGGAUCAUGAUGAUGCUGUAAAAAGAAUCAUGGAGGAUUUUGAUACUUCUCGUAACCAACUUGUUGAUCAAAGAGAAUUUGUUAAUGGUGUCUGUAGAUGGCUUCACAAGGCCAGAAGUUCUCGAGUUGCAUCGGGUGAUGCUGGUCCACACACAAUGAAGUUUUUAAGCGAUUUUCACACAGAAACUAAGAGGGAACAUGAUCUGCUGGAUGUGGGGGAUCAGAGUAAUGAAGAUGCCGAGGGAAUUGAGAAUGCUAAGUGGACUUCCAUCAAAGCAGUGCUGCUGCUGCUGUUGGGUACUAUUAUUGCUGCUGCAUUUGCUGAUCCUCUGGUUGAUGCAGUUGAUAACUUUUCUGAUGCUACAAGUAUUCCUGCUUUCUUCAUUUCCUUCAUUGCUCUGCCUUUAGCAACCAAUUCAAGUGAAGCAGUGUCAGCAAUAAUCUUUGCUAGUCGUGAUAAGAGGCAAACUGCCUCGUUAACUUUUUCUGAGAUAUAUGGUGCAGUGACAAUGAAUAAUGUGCUUUGCCUAUCAGUCUUUUUGGCCCUCGUUUAUGUGAGGGGAUUGACAUGGAACUUCUCUUCAGAAGUGUUAGUUAUUCUUGUGGUUUGCAUUGUCGUUGGUGUCUUUGCCAGUUUCCGCACUGUCUUCCCUCUAUGGACAUCUAUACUGGCUAUACUACUCUAUCCCUUCUCCCUGGUAUUGGUGUAUGUUCUUGAUUUUGUAUUUGGUUGGUCGUAGACCAAAUUAUGUUUUAUGUUAGUUCCUUGUAUGGCUGUAUGGUUUAUCAUAGCUCAUUGCGUGAGACCUCCAUUUAUGAUGGAAUUGACAUCGCUUGAGAACGGUUGAGUGGCUACAGUUUUGAUUAGUCAGCUCAUUACGAGUGCAAUUAUACAUUUUAUAGCACUGUUGCAAAUUAUGUUGUGGAAUUCGCCUGUGAUUGCG